GUUACGCGGCAGUGUUUGAUUUUGAUCAAAAUAAUAUUCCUUAUCUAUAUUUACACGUUGUUUUAUCAUUCUGAUGUAACAGCAAUAAUCUUUCUAUCGGAAACCCAUUCAGAAACCAAUAAUACGUAUUAAGUAUUACGUAUAGGUUGUAUUUGUUAUCAUUAGAGUGUGCACCGGCGUGUAACUUUCAAAAUGGUGAAAGCAGUGGCAGUGUUGACCAUCAGUGACACUUGCUUCAAAGACAACUCCAAGGACACCUCAGGCCCUGCACUAGCUGCUUUUGCAAAGGAGUUAUUCCCUAAAGCCAACUUGCACAAAAUAAUCAUCCCGGAUGAAAGGGAGAUAAUUGAAAAAGAGCUGAAGUACUUCUGUGACGAAGCUCACGUGAACCUCGUUUUGACAACGGGAGGGACUGGGUUUAGCUCUAGGGAUGUGACUCCUGAGGCUUCUAAGGCUGUGAUUCACAGAGAGGCACCAGCUAUAAUAGCGGCUAUAACUCAGGCGAGUCUAGAGAAGACUCCAAUGGCAAUGUUAUCAAGAGCUGUAGCCGGUUUAAGAGACAGAACUCUAAUCAUAAAUUUUCCAGGCAGCAAGAAGGCUGUUACCGAAUGUUUUGCUGUUGUCAAACCAGUUCUGUCCCAUGCUCUAGCUCUGAUCAAUGAUGAGUUACAGGAAGUAAGAACUAUCCAUGACUCGAUGCAGUUCAACACCUGUUCUCAUGGGCAUAAAACUAGUAGUGUACAAUUAGGUAAAGUAGCAUUCAGAGCCCGAGAAUCCCCGUUCCCCAUGUUAGAGAUGAAGGAUGCGUUCCAAGCGGUGGAUAAUGUGAUGCGAGGCUGGGUGCAUGUUUUGGAGAUAGUUCCCAUUGAGAAAGCUGUGGGCAGAGUGGUGGCAGAGUCUUUGUGUACUAAGGAACCUAUGCCACCGUUUCCAGCAUCAGUUAAGGAUGGUUACGCAGUUCUAAGUUGCGACGGAGCCGGCGUCCGCAAAGUUCGUGCUGCGCUGACGGCGGGCGAAGCGCCAACUGCGCCGUUAGCGCCUGGAGAGUGCGCUCGAGUUAAUACCGGCGCUGCGUUGCCCGCUGGAGCGGAUGCUGUCGUGCAGGUGGAAGACACUAAAUUAGUGUCAGCGUCAGAAGAUGGCGACACUGAGUUGGAAGUGGAGAUCAUGGUGGCGCCGACGCCAGGGCAAGACGUUAGGCCCAUCGGCUUUGACAUACCCAUGGGAGCUGAACUCGUUAAAAAAGGAUCUGUUCUGGAUGCGGGGCACAUUGGAAUUCUGGCAGGAGCUGGUCUCCUGAAUAUUACUGUUAAAGGACACCCGAAAGUGGCGCUGUUGUCGACGGGCAAUGAACUGCAGGAACCCUCGGAGGCUAAACUAAAGCCCGCACACAUAAGGGACUCCAAUAGGACUAUGCUCAGGGUUUUACUCAGAGAACACGGUUACGACACCAUAGACUGCGGCAUCGCCAAAGACGAGCCGGCGCAGCUCGCCACCGCGCUGGCGGGCGCCAUGGCCCGCGCUGACGUCAUUGUGUGCUCAGGAGGCGUCUCCAUGGGAGAGAGGGACCUACUCAAGCCGGUCCUCCUCAAGGAUUUCGGAGCGACGCUGCACUUCGGGCGCGUACGCAUGAAGCCGGGAAAACCCAGUACCUUCGCCACCUGCCAGUUCAACGGACGCACCAAAUACAUCUUCGCUCUCCCUGGUAACCCGGUAUCAGCAUACGUAUGUUGCCUGUUGUUCGUAAUUCGAGCCCUCAAGGUGUGCAGCGGUCGCAAUCCCGAGUGGCCGCGACUGCGCGUGCGAUUGUCGCACGCGGCUAAGUUGGACCCGCGGCCCGAGUACGCGCGCGCUGCGCUCGCCUACCCGACUGACAACGACAUACCCACCGCCACGCUGCUCGGAAGCCAGGGUAUGUAGGCAGCGACUGCGCGUGCGA